AUGACAGACAAGAAACCAAAGCGCCCUUCCAAGGGGAGGGUCUUCCAAUGCACGGGCUUCCCCAACUGCAACAAAUCUUUCACUAGACUGGAACAUCUCGCCCGUCAUCGCAGAAAGCAUACUGGUGAAAGGCCUUUUACGUGUCCACACUGUUCAAAGAACUUCUCCAGGUUGGAUAACCUCAGGCAGCAUAAACAGACGGUCCAUGCCUAUGAAAACUACAUCAAAAAGCGUACCGAGGUCAAAGAGGACUUCCCACAGACGUACCUGGCCCCUCCUCCUUCUCAACAUCCACAACAUCCACAACAUUCACAUUCACAUUCACAUUCACACUCACAUUCCCAACAACAUCAACCACAUGGCCUUUAUUCUACUCCUCAUUUACCUCACCCUCAGAGACCCCUCGUGCUGCCUCCUUCCCUGGGUCUGCCUUCCUACGGCGUCUACUAUCCAUACGUGAAUGGUCCUGGGCCUAGCCCCAAUGGGACUUCUUCGGUACCUCCACAGCAGCUCUCCCCACGCCUUCGUGAUCCUCCAAAGUUCAACCCAAAAACUCGUCCAAGACCAUUGGCUCUUGUUCACUCCUUUACUGACGAUACUUUGCUUACUUCGGAACAUGAACGUCUGCGUGGACUUCCGCCUACCGGUGAGCCACCCCUUCGUACCGCUCCUCCAGCUGCUACAUUUGCUCAGGCUGGCUCUCUAAGCGCGUCGCUGCUGCUUGCGCCUAGCUGGGCCCUUCCGGCCCCUGGUUCUUCCAGAUUUGCAUAUCUUACGCCUAUGAUGGUCAGUCCGCUUUCACCUCUAUUUCACCAGCUGUUUAACCAAGUAGCGGUGAAUGGGAAAUCUACAGGCAGACCGCUCCUGGCCAUUGGAAACGGAAAUGGCUCCAACUCUCUGGUCAAUUCAGUGGCCUCUGAUCAACCUCCUCUGGAUGCAACACAGUCCCUCCUGCCUCCUGCUCUACCGCCAGUGCGUGUGCCAAAGGGCCUGUGGUUGAAGGAUGUGCUUAACAAAGAUGAGGAGAAACCAUCUAGAGUGGCUAUUAAUAGUUUGAUUGAGGAGGAGAAGUGA